AUCGAGACAUCACAACUUUUGUCUGCUCCUAACUGAUUGGCUGGCAGACAAAACGUCAUCUUGAAUUUAAACGUUCAAAUCGGCAGCUGUCUUUUUUCGUUGACUCUUGCUCCUUAAGGCUGGGAACCUUAUAACAGGGAACAAUGGAGGCAUUUGCAGACCAUCUAAAGCUGAUUGUGAAAACCUUCAGAAGGGAGAGCCACAGGGUUUUACAGUCCGAGAGGACCGCCGUUCAUGGAGCCGACAGCAUGCUGAUGGUGCUACAGCUGGCCAUGGCAGAGAUCAAUAAGCAGCAUGCGGGGGAAUUUAAAGUGGCUUUGAGCGACGUGCUGAUGGCCUGGAAGCAUUUACUGUUAGACAAACUUCACCUGCCGCCCCCCAGCUCAGCUCGCCUGGAGAACUAUGAUCUCUUCCUGGAGGCAUACCAAUCUUUUCUGAAACGCUCCAACACUACGGAUCUUGUGGACGUUCUGGCUAUGUACAAACAGCUACGAGUGGGGGACUCGGAUCCAGAGGAGCUCGUAAGCCCGAUGCAGCUGUUUGAGUUCCUCUCAGGCAACAUGGAAGUCCCAGAUCUCCCAGAUUCAUCAACUUAUUCAACACCAUCUAGUCAAAGCAGGAACUGCCCCUCCCAGAUAAAAAUGGCAGUGAGACGGGUUUUCUGCUCCUAUCUGAGUUUGCUGGUAAACUCUAAAAACGACAUGGCUUUGGCCCUCACCCUCAACAUCCCAAGUCGCUCUCUUGAAGGACAGGCAUUUACUGACAUCAAGCAUGCUGCACGAGAAAGCCAAACCUCUCUCUUCUUGGCUGUGACAUCUUUCAUUAGAGCCAUCCAGCUUGGAGGGAAGGGGUAUGCACCUGCAGAGUCUGAUCCCCUCAGGAAACAUAUCAAAGGCCUGUCUGACUAUGUCCAGUUUAUUGACAAUCUUGAAGAAAUACUGGGGAAUAUUCUUGACCCAAGUGAGUGUGCAACCCAGCUGCUGGCCACCAUCAGAGCAGCGUUGGUGAAGGGACGCAGCAGUGGAGAUCCAGUGUACGUUGCAGCAGAAGAAACUACAAAGGAUCUGAAGGAGAGGAUGGUCCAGCUUCACCAGAUCCAGAAACAAGCUACUAAUGGGGAUGGGACAUGGAUAAGUCCUGCCAGGCCUAAAGCUUACACAGUCAACCACGGCACUGCAUACAGAGGGCGGGAAACAGUAAAGGUGCUAAUGGCGCUGCUCGAUGAAGAAGCCUUGGCUCCUCCAUAUCCAAACAAGGCAGACCUGCUGUCGGAAGACCAGCCGGUCCUCAGUGGAGCUGAGGGAACCUGUGUCCUCAUGCUAUUCAGAUCCCCUGAAGUGUCCACUGGAUGUUCUCCAGAACCCCUCAGGAACAGAGUCCAGAGCCGACUAAACCUGCUCAAGCCCAAGGCUACACAGAGGGUCAUCCGAUCCCAGUUUGCCUGCACAUACAAAGAUGAGCCGCCGCUCAACCGGGUGCUGGACUUCCCAAGCACCAGCCAGAUGCCAACCUGUGUUCACCCAGCACCAAAGCCAAAAACGAGUCUAUCUGUGGAAGACGGGUUCAACUCUGAUACGGAAGAUGGAACAGUUUUCGCAGCCAAGCCCUCCAGUGAAUCCCAGAGAAAAGAGCACCGUGAGGUACAGCGGUGGGUUGCUCCCGAGCAGAGGAGUGGAAAUGUUCAAAACGGAGGUGGAUGUCAGAGUAAUAAAAGGAAAACUGGCAUUCAGAUGCAGAGCAAGGGUAAUAAGAGGAAGCAGCUGGAUUCUGAGCAGCACGGCGGAUCAGAGAACGAACCUCCGGAGAAGAAACAGCACACCCGUGUGUCAGUCAAAGUGCCCGGCAAAAACGUCUGCAAGGUUUCAAGUAAAAAAAAACUUAUAGCUGGACAGGGAAAGCUUACCAGCUUCUUCAGAGUUUAGGCAUGACGUUCAGUGAUUUGAUGACAAAAUAUGAAUGUAAAUUUGCUAUAUUUAAGUCAGCUUAAUAGUUGAUUUUACCCAAGCACAGAUUAUGAAGUUUAUUUAUCCUCACAUCGGUUCUCCAGCUGAUGUCUUGACUCCUUUUUGGUUUUAAGUUUUUUCCCUUUAAAACAUAGUAAAAAUACUCUUUUUAUAUUCUUUUGGUACUCGCAAUACCGCUAUGCAAUAAAGCUUCGCAGCUAAUUAACAUGAAUACCUAAAACGGAGCGAAAGCGCUGACCACAACUGGCCAAUGUGUUUGUUUGUUUUUUUGUUUUUUUUCAAACUUAAUUCUGUAUUUCUACAAAUUAAGUGGUAAAUGUGUUAAUCAAGUUUACCACAAUCUGACUCAUUGACUUGCUAAUUAUUGCUCAUCAAAUAUGAGCAAUAAUUAGCAAAAAUCUAUAAAAUGGAGAGAAACAGCAAACUGGCCACUAGCAAAACAUGUUGUUUUUCCACAAAUUUAUUAAUGACAAGCUUAAUUUUUUUAGGUCUGACUAAAUUAAAGAUAGGAUAAGCAAUAAUAUGCACAAGUACCUAAAGCAAAGGAACUGCUAACGAUGUAACAAUGGCUAACUAGCCCCUAGCCAUGGACAAGUUUGGAUACGUUUUUCUUAAAAAAAAACGUGGGAAAUGUUAGUUGUAAAUUGCUAAAGCAUUUUAAGUAUGAAUUAAAGACAAGAUAUGUCUCUUAAUGUCUGACCUGUAUUAGAGUAGGGGGCUACGCAAUGAUUAUUGUAAAUACCUAAAGCGGAGAGAAACUGCUAGAAACUAGCAAUCUAGAAAUGGCUAGCUAGCCAUUUCCACUAAUUAAAAAUUUUAAAUGUGUAUUAAUUAUGCCUCCUCAUCUUGAGUUGAUGAUGAGAUGUGUCUCUUCAUGUCUGACUGUAGUUUAAUGAUGGGCUAUGAAGACCAUGAUUAGCAUUAACGCCUAUAGCAGAGAGAGACCCCAACUAGCUAAAGUUGCUAACUAAAAACAGCUUAGUAGCCAUUAUCAACAGAUUUGGGUGAGUUUUCUACUAAUAAACAUGUCAACUGUGUUAGUUAUGUAUCUCUUAUGCCUUUUUAAAAUUAGAAGUUACCAAGGAACAAAAAAAAUACAAACACUGGACUUGGAUUUGAAAACAGUUCUUGAUCAAAUGUUUAACUAUCUAAUGAACAAGAAGGUGCUAAGUAGCAAAUACAAUUACUUUUUUUUUUAUGAGGCAAUAUAGUUUUUUGUUUUUUUUAUUUACUUAUAAUGGGCAUUAUGCAUUUAAAAUUUUUAAUUGUGCAGGACAGCAAAUCAAGAUUAAACCUGGAGUCCAUAUUUGAUCAAUGCACUUUAUUUGUAAAUGUACUUCCAUACAUGGUUUCUAAUACAUGUCAACAGAUGUUUAUUUAAAUACUACUUCUGAAGUUUUAAUUUUUAUUAUUUCUGUACAAUUUCAAUGCAAGCUUCCUUUUAAUAAAGUCUCAUUGUUGUUGUUUUA